AUGGGAACUUUUUUUUCAGAAUCGACGAAAUCUCAGAGAAGCAGAACCAACCACGGCGAAUACGUAAAUUUAGUAGCAAUAUUUGCAAGUGUAAAUGGAAAAAUAAAUCAUGAGAAGCAUGCACAGUCGGGACAAAAACAAAUUGAAUUGGCUACGAUUGAUGCCAGUGAAAUCCAAGAAAUAAAUGAUGAGAAGCCAAGGAACGCCGGCAAAAAAGCAAUUAUUUCGACAUCCCCCAGCAACGAAGAUGUGACAACUGAAAUGAACUUGACGAUGCUGAAAGAAGCGCUGUGGAAAAACGCGGUAAUUAUCGAGGUGACACCACUGCCCAACUGGAAUGCAAGUUUCUGA